UUCAUGCAUAUUUGAUACGCACCUAGGAACCUUUUGCAAGCGUUUGUUCCUUGGGGGACCGUUCAAAAUCGUAACAACAUCCGGUUGAAGGAAGCGGACAUUUCCGGUUUCAUCGCGAUCGCAUAUGCAAAGCCAAAACAGAGAAAUUGUCCUAUUUGAGAAAUGCCAUAAAUGAAUCCAUCUGUGUUUUACGCAAAACUGAAAACGGGACUUCAAACCAGGGUCCCACCUGAGGAGAGUGAAGACAGCUGUCUCAGUGACAGUGGGGACAGCGAUGACGAGUAUAUCCCAAACCCAGGUGAUGAAAGCAGCAGAGAAAGCAGUAAUGAGACUGACAACAGGAGCAGUGCUGAUGAUGAUACAGAUGGAGACGAACUUCCUAGCACCAGUGCUACUGCUGCGAGAGAGAAAUCAGCUGCUACAUCAAAAACAAAGAGACAAAAUGCAGUUUGGAAGACGGUGAGGCAACAGAACUCUGCAAAAGAGGUUCCGGAAUGGCAAAAUGCUCUCCCAGAUGCCGAUGCAAUCAGACUGCCGAUUCAGUAUUUCAGAGACUUUUUUGAUGCAGAUCUUUUAGACACAAUUGUGGAGCAAAGCAAUCUGUAUUGCACUCAAACAAAUCCAAAUUGUUCCCUCAAAUUGGAACGCACUGAACUGGAGCAGUUUAUUGGCACUUUAGUCUACAUGAGUGUUUUUCACUUGCCAAGGUCAAGGAUGUACUGGUCCACUGCAUGCCGAACAUCACAGGUGGCUGAUGUCAUGUCCCGAGACAGAUGGGAACAAAUAAAACAUUUCAUCCAUUUCAGUGACAACAUGGCACCCGACAACAGUGACAGGCUUUUCAAAAUCAGGUCACUUAUUGAUUCACUUCUCCCCAAAUUCCAGGCUCUACCUCAAGAUCAAAUGUUGUCUGUUGAUGAGCAAAUGGUGCCUUUCAAAGGCAGAUCAAGCCUAAAGCAAUAUAUCCCCAAGAGGCCAUACAAAUGGGGAUAUAAAAUAUUAGUGCUUUGUGACACAAAAGGGCUGGUGCACUCAUUUGACAUUUUUGCAGGGAAAACUGAUCCUGCACCAAGAGAACUAGACAUUGGGGGAAGCGGGAACAUUGUGCUAAAGCUUGCACAAGUCGUUCAUGGUGGUGUCAAUCACCUGCUCUACUUUGACAACUGGUUUUACUCAGUGGAUUUGCUUGUUGCACUUGCAAAGAAAGGGAUACCAGCCCUUGGGACUGAGCAGCAAAGGCGUCUGAAAGGAUGCAGUUUCAGUUCAGACACAGGAAUGAAGAAGAAAGGAAGAGGGACAUUUGAGGAAAAAGAGGCUGUUGUGGACAAUGUGGGAAUAAGAGCUGUGAAAUGGUUUGACAACAGAGGGGUGAUCAUUGCCAGCACUUUUGCCAGUGCCCAGCCCGUUUCAACUGUGGAAAGAUGGGACAGAAAGUUGAAAAAGAAAGUGCCAGUGGAAUGUCCAAGCAUCAUCAGCCAGUACAACAAGUUCAUGGGCGGCGUUGAUGCUCUUGAUGCGCUGAUUGCCUAUUACCGCAUCCAGAUCAGGUCAAAGAAGUACUACCAUCGGUUCUUUUUUCACUUCGUGGAUAUGGUCAUCGUCAACAGCUGGUUGUUGUAUCAGCGUUACUGUGAAUCACUUGGUCUUCCACAGAAGAAGCAGAAGGAUUUGCUUUCCUUCAGAACAUCCAUUGCACAGGCACUCUGCAUGCAAGGCAAGGAUCUGUCCAAAAGGAAGAGGGGUCGGCCUUCAUCAGAUGUGGAAAGGGAGUUUGAAAAGAAGAGAUAUCGAGGACCAGCCAAGCCUAUUCCAGCACAGGAAGUCCGCUCAGAUGCUGUGGGUCACUGGCCAGAGGUUGAAAGUGUGCGGCAACGCUGCAAACUCCCAAAUUGCAAGGGCCAGACAGUGAUCAAAUGUUCAAAGUGUAAUGUUCACCUGUGCCUAAACAAAAAUAACUGCUUCCGUGAGUUUCAUGAGUGA